CAAAUAGAAUCCAACAUGGCUGCUCACAUGUCCAGACUGAGGGGCUGGAGCCGAGCGCAAAGGUAUGGCAUCGCAGUAUGUCGACAGUACAGCAGCGGCAGCUCGUAUCCCAAUGUAUCUCUGUCCACACCGCUGCCCGGCAUCCCCAAACCUGUCUUCGCCUCAGUGGACGGACAUGAGAAAUACGAGACUAAAAUCACCACAUUAGAAAACGGACUCAAAAUUGCAUCGCAGAACAAGUUUGGGCAGUUCUGUACAGUUGGAAUCUUGGUAAACUCAGGUUCACGUCAUGAAGCAAAGUAUCCCAGUGGAAUUGCACACUUUUUGGAAAAGCUUUCCUUUUCUUCUACAGCCCAGUUCGGAAGUAAAGACGAAAUUCUGCUGACACUUGAGAAACAUGGAGGGAUAUGUGACUGCCAAACAUCCAGGGACACAACCAUGUAUGCGGUUUCAGCUGAGGUGAAGGGUCUGGAUACAGUAGUGCAUCUCCUGUCAGAUGCGGUUUUACAGCCUCGUUUAUUAGAUGAGGAGAUUGAGAUGGCCAGAAUGGCUGUUCGGUUUGAGUUGGAGGAUCUGAACAUGAGGCCUGACCCGGAGCCUUUACUGACAGAAAUGAUUCAUGCUGCCGCAUACAGGGGCAACACCGUAGGCCUGCCGCGCUUCAGCCCUGCUGACAAUGUGGAGAAGAUCGACAAGAAGCUGCUUCACAAGUACCUGCAGAGCUAUUACUGCCCGGAGAGAAUGGUGCUGGCCGGCGUCGGCAUCGAACACGAGCAGCUGGUUCAGUGCGCCAGAAAAUAUCUCCUGAAUGUUCAGCCAGUGUGGGGCGAGAGCAAGCCUGCCAACGUCGACCGCUCUGUGGCACAAUAUACGGGUGGCAUCGUAAAGAUGGUGAAGGACAUGUCUGAUGUGAGUUUGGGUCCAACACCCAUUCCUGAACUCACACACAUCAUGAUCGGGCUGGAGAGCUGCUCCUUUUUGGAAGAGGACUUCAUUCCCUUUGCUGUCCUCAAUAUGAUGAUGGGAGGCGGAGGCUCUUUCUCUGCCGGAGGGCCUGGAAAAGGCAUGUUCACCCGGCUCUACCUGAAUGUGCUCAACAGGCAUCACUGGAUGUACAACGCUACAUCGUACCAUCACAGCUAUGAAGACAGCGGUCUGCUGUGUAUUCAUGCCAGUGCAGACCCAAGACAGGUGCGGGAAAUGGUGGAGAUCAUCACUAGGGAGUUUAUUCAGAUGACCGGGACAGCAGGAGAGAUGGAGCUGGAGCGAGCUAAAACGCAGCUCAAGUCCAUGCUCAUGAUGAACCUGGAGUCUCGACCGGUCAUCUUUGAAGACGUGGGUCGACAAGUGCUCGCCACCGGCAAGAGGAAGCUGCCGCACGAGCUGUGUGAGCUCAUCAGUACAGUCACAGCCAGUGACAUCAAGCGAGUUACGAUGAAGAUGCUGCGCAGUAAACCAGCAGUGGCUGCUCUGGGAGAUCUGACAGAACUGCCCUCCUAUGAGGACAUUCAAGCCGCUCUCUCCAGUAAAGAUGGACGCCUUCCUCGCAUAUAUCGCCUCUUCAGAUAGAAAACCAGCUAGCAGACCCAAACAAUCUCACUCUGGAGUUCAGGUGCAAUGCUGAGAAACACUGGCUGGAUUUUUUUAAUCUACGUAGUGUUUGAAUGUGACCUUCAAGGGAUCGUUCACCCAAAAAUCAUGUCAUUUGGAAAGAUAACCGAAAGAUAGCUAUUUAUUAUUAUUCACAAAUAUAAUUGGGUCGUCUUCAAAACAUCUAUGUUGCACAGUAAAAAGUCUAAUUGUUGACCAUAUGAGUUCUCAUUUGUUUUUGGGUGCAGAAUCUCUUAAAUGGUUAAUGCCAGAGUUUGGUUUCUCUCUCACACACUCUCUUUUGUUAAACCCCAUCAUGUAUGGAAAGUAAAUGAAUAUGCUUGUUCUUUUACUUUUUCAACUUAACCGGCUCAAUAAGUGGACAUUUUUCCCCCAUGCACUUUGUUCAUAUCUGCACAGGCUGUUUUUCUGUGAAAAGAUGUUCCUCACGUUACACUUUUCCACGAAUCUGUAUAAAACUUUUAGCGUUUAGUAUAUUAAACUAUUUAUAAACUACAACUUACUGUUUACUGUAGCAGUGACAACUUUAACCAACCAAAACCCUUCAAAUAUUACCAUUCAUCCCUAAAAUACAUCUCAGUUUCAAUAAUAAUUAAGUUAUUGUGA